AGCUUCGUGCUUCUGGUUGCCAGGGGAACAGCGUCCCUGGAGGCAGGAGGGCUUUAGACGCACAGCUCCUUCCCCUUCCAGAAAAGCUGCGGUGACGGGAAAGAACCCUCCCCUUUGGGGGACAGGGGGUGACGCUGUCAGCCGGCGCGCUUCUGCGCCCGUCAAUGCUUUGCUGUCUGGUGACUGGCUCCCAGAGUUUCCGCCGCGAAGGAUAUCAAUGGAUAUUAUAAAGGGAAACUUAGAUGGAAUUUCAAAACCAGCCUCAAGUUCAAGAACGCGUCCUGGGAGCAGAGGUUCAAAUGCUUCUUUGGAAGUGCUCUCACCAGAACCAGCAUCCUUCAUGGUUGAUACUGCAAUCAAGUUGAACUCUGGUAUAAAGGGCCACUCUGAGAGGAGUAAUGCAGAGGAAAAUGGAAACAAUAAUGAUGAUAAAGGAGAAAAUGAUUCUGAGAAAACAAAAUUGGCUGAAGAAGGGUCAGAUGAAGAUCUGAACUUGGUUCAACAUCAGAUAAUCCCUGGAUGUGCAGAUGAACCUGAAUUAAAAGAAUUAGAUUCUCAACUUCAAGAUGCUAUUCACAAGAUGAAGAGGCUUGAUAAAAUAUUGGUGAAGAAACAAUACAGAGAAAAAGAAAUUAAGAAGCAAGGUCUAGACCUGAGAAUAAAGCUGUGGGAAGAACUUAAGUCUGCAAAAACUAGUGAAGCUUUGCAAAGUAAUGAGGAGAUGGAAAAUACAAAAAAGUUUCUAGCUUUGACUGCUGCAUCAGAAGAAACUGUCGAUCCUUCUUGCUACGAGCAUGAAGACACCUUUUUCUCAGUGUUUCACACUCAAGUCCCUCCAGAAGAAUAUGAAAACCGUAAACAGAAUGUCAAUCAAGAUUUUACCUAUGAUGUGGAAGGAAAUGAGUCAUUGAUCAGAGCAGAAAAGAAACCUUUCUCAAAUACAGAAAAGAUUAAGCUCAGGGGUAAACACAGCCAGGAUUUUAUUAAACGAAACAUUGAGUUGGCUAAGGAUUCAGGAAUGCCAGUGCUUAUGAUUGACAGAGAGAAGAAAAGGCUGACUGAACUUUUGAAGGACUUAGAUGACAAAGAUUCGGGGCUGUCCAGUCCUGAGGGCGAUCAGUCUGGCUGGCUGGUCCCAGGAGAAGGAUACACAUUUGCAGUCACCCAGCACCAGCAGCUUGCCGAAAUCGACACAAAGCUCCAGGAACUUUCUGCAGCCUCACCAACAACUUCCGACUUUUCUCCAAGACAUGGAAACCACAGCGAUCAGGAACCUGACCUUAAUGAUGAUGAUAAAAAUAUGGAAAUAACUCCAGGAGAAAAGGUACUUCGGAACACCAAAGAGCAACGGGAUCAGCAAAACCGGCUGAGAGAGAUAGAUGACAAACUGAGAAAGAUGAAGGAAAAUGUGUUAGAUUCAACAUCACCUCUCUCUGAGGAACGGUUAAAGUGUCUUCUGGAUGAAUGCACACUCAGACAAAAAUCCAUGAUUAGACUUUCUUCAGAAAGAGAAAAGGAAGACGUAGAGGAUUCAACAGCCCAGUCCCCCCAUCUUUCCAGAUCUGUCCUCUCUGAGCUACUAAAUGGGUCAGAAACAAAAGUCACAAGCACAGAGGUAAAAGAUGCAAAUAUGUCUGAAAAUGCAGAAUGUGAAACAUGUACAGGUUACUAUCUCACCAAAGCCUUGACUGGGCAUUACACGUCUCAAGCACUUGUCAUCGAAGCAGAGAAUUUGAGAUGCCUCCAAUUUCCCAAGGACAAGGUUAUUAGUGACACAAAGGACUAUUUUAUGUCGAAGACUAUUGGCAUUGGGAGACUGAAAAGGCCCUCUUUCUUGGAUGAUCCACUGUAUGACAUCAAUGUGAGUCUUUCAUCUGAAGGCCAUCGUCUGGAAGUCAGCUCUCCAGAGAAACCAAAAAUGGAUGAAGAGGAGACUGAAGAUGUGACAGAAGAAUGGAAAGAAUCUUGAGCGAUGACUUUCUGGGCGUGCUUGCUUUGAAGGAAGUUGGAAUGGAGUUUACCUACACCUCAUAACAAAGCCAGUAGAGAACAAAUAAACAUGGAUACAGUAAGUAUAAAUAUAAAUUUCCAUAUGAUUUAUUGUCGUUCCUUGUACGUAACAGUAAUAUACAAACUUACACUGCUUUUAGAAUGUAAAAUGGAUAAAAAUGUGUACAAAAAAAGCACAUUCCUAGAAAAAGGUAUUGGUAAAUAGUAAAAACUGGGGGGUAACAAGCGAAAAACAAAUCAAAAACAAAACAAGAACCCCAACAAUUCUUCAAUUCAGUGUGCAAACAUUUUAUAAAAAUAGAAAUACUAACUCUACAGGCAGUAUUUCCUGAUAAAUUAUUUAAAUAGCGUAUCUACACAAUCUGAGAUCUAUUCCAAAGGCAAUGAGAAAAUAAUUUAUAAAAAUAAAGCAAUGGUAUAUAAGAUAGAAAAAACAUAACUUUCAGAAAAUGUAUUUAACAUUUCAAUGCUAUUUCCUUAUUGGGAAUACUUUUCUGCAAAGAGUUUUUAUACUAUGUACAACAUUGACUUUUUUUUUUUUUAAGGUACUACAGUAGCUUUAAGUUUGUAAGACACUUAAACUCUUU